UUAUCGUUAAACCGGAACUACCCAUUUUCAAGGCCCAUGGAUGCUUCCACUCGGACAUUUUUAAGCUUCGUGGGACUCAUCGUUGAAAGUAUCAUGUUAAGCAUGCAGGUACCUAUAUAACAGCAUCUGCUUCUACCUCCCAUCACAUGCCUGUUUUCGCAUAGAUAGAAUCCUAGAAAUCAUGUUCUCACUCUUGAUUUGUCAAACACUACAGCUAUGUCAUUGAAGGAACACCCACGAGCCUACGGCACCGCCGCCGUGGCCAUCGCCUUCACGGCUGGUGUGCUCAUCACACUAGGUUUCAAAGAUCUGUAUCCGGACCUAGAAGGCCGAUACCAGCAAAAACGCAGAUGGGCACAAAGAAAUAGACGCAAUUCAAUUUCAAACAAGGAUAGCCGCAGGUCGAGCAUGUUCUGGGGCCCUGUGUCACUCGAGGACCACGAGACGGCUGAGAACGCGCUCAACUUGCGGAGUUCGGGCAUACAGCCUGGGAUAGAGGGCUGCAUCGGUGGGACGCCGCUCUUGGAAAUCCAUAGUCUUUCCGAAGCCACAGGGCGCACCAUCCUCGCCAAGGCAGAGUUCUUGAACGGGGCCGGCAACAGCCCCAAGGACCGUGUAGCGCUGCACAUGAUCCAGGUCGCCGAGGCCGAAGGUUUAUUGGUACCUGGUAGAGGCGACACCAUCUACGAGGGCACAGUUGGCAGCACAGGUAUCUCGAUCGCCGCCCUGGCCCGUGCUAAGGGAUAUCGUGCACAUAUUUGUAUGCCGGACGACCAGAGCCUCGAAAAGUCAGACCUGCUACACCAUUUGGGCGCGACAGUGGAGCGCGUUCCUGUAGCACCCAUCGCAUCACCCGAGCACUUUGUGAACCUAGCGCGCCGCAGGGCAGCCGAGCAUACGGCCUCUCAGGAUGACGAGAGCAGGGGCUUCUUCGCGGAUCAAUUCGAGAACCCCGCCAAUUAUCAGGCACAUCAGGCCACGACGGGUCCGGAGAUCGUAGCUCAGACCGACGGACGCCUCGAUGCAUUUGUUGCUGGUGCUGGAACGGGCGGUACAAUCGCCGGCGUUGCGCGUCAUCUAAAAGCCGACGCCAAGCUCUCUAAGGUCCGGGUUGUCCUAGCCGACCCUCAGGGCAGCGGCCUCUACAAUAAAAUUCGACAUGGCGUCAUGUAUAGCCCAACGGAAAAGGAGGGCACACGGCGACGGCAACAGGUCGAUUCGAUUGUCGAGGGCGUCGGUAUCAACCGUGUGACUGAAAAUUUCGAGGCCGGGCGCGAUCUGAUCGACGACGCGGUCAAGGUUACUGAUGAGCAAGCCUGCAAGAUGGCGCGUUGGCUGGUUGAGCACGAUGGCAUCUUUGUGGGGAGCAGCAGCGCCGUGAACUGUGUUGGUGCUGUUGUGGCAGCGAUGGCUUUGCCCAAGGGCAGCCGUGUCGUCACCGUAUUGUGCGACUCGGGUACAAGACAUCUAAGCAAAUUAUGGAAGAAGAUUGGGGAUAUGGGACUAGAGGAUGAGCCAAAGCCUGACGACCUAUUUACCCUUCUUUCCAUAGAGCAGCCCAAAGAUAGUAUCACUUAAAGACUGGCAUAUAUGUUGACAACGUGAUGAUCAGUUGUAUUUCAGAGUUUCACUCAACUGCCUCGCUUGAUUGGUAUCGCCGAAACGCCUAUCUCCUGAGGUGAUUUAUAACAUAAGGCUAUGCCUAGAGGUCAAGACAGGCCACAGGAACACUGUCAAGGCGAGCCGAAGCUACGCAACGAAGAUGUCUUUAC